AUGUUAUUACAAUCAUCAUUAAUUCUUGUUUCUAAAAAAUCAUUUUUUAAACUUUCUUUAGUUGACUCUUUACAUGAAUCAGAAAUCAAUUUUACUGAUUCUCCUAGAAUUGAAGAGUCAAAAUAUUCGAAGAACUUCCACUUAACUCUACCUUCACCACUCUUGGAAGCUUGCUUUUUCUUUUCUCUAUAA